UCUUCAGUAUGCAAAGCCAACAAUAAUCAGUAGUUAAAGACUACUACUUUGGGCUUUCAUUUCUUCUUCUUCUUCAGCUGAAGUUACUAAAAAUGUCUUCAACAGUAAUUUACAGUACAAAUAAUCCAUCAGUGACAAUAUUUUCAAGAACCCAUCUUCCAAAACAAACAUCAAGAGCUUUCUCAGAAGAAAUUUCACCAUGUCUGCACCAUAAUUACUUAUUUAGAAGCAAACCCAUUGAAACCAAGAAGAGAAAACCACUUACACCAGUUGCAGUAGUAGCAGCUCCUAAUAAAGAAGCUGUUAAUAGUGAUAGUGGGAUUGAUCAGUCCAAAAAGAAGCUUAAGAUUUUAAUUGCUGGUGGUGGAAUUGGUGGAUUAGUUUUAGCUUUAGCUGCUCUGAGGAAAGGAUUUAGUGUUUUAGUAUUUGAAAGAGAUGUGAGUGCUAUAAGAGGUGAAGGUCAAUAUAGAGGUCCAAUUCAGAUACAGAGUAAUGCAUUAGCUGCUUUAGAAGCUAUUGAUCUUGAUGUCGCUGAAGAAAUUAUGAAAGUUGGCUGUAUUACUGGCCAAAGAAUUAAUGGAUUGGUUGAUGGGAUUUCUGGUUCCUGGUAUAUCAAGUUUGAUACGUUUACACCUGCGGUGCAACGAGGGCUUCCAGUCACAAGGGUUAUUAGUCGAAUGACUUUGCAACAAAUUUUGGCGAAGGCAGUUGGACCGGAUUCAAUUAUUAAUGAAAGCAAUGUUGUUGAUUUUGAGGAUGAUGGUAACAAGGUUACUGCAGUACUUGAGAAUGGACAGCGUUAUGAAGGUGAUCUUCUGGUUGGAGCUGAUGGUAUUGGGUCAAAGGUGAGGAAGAAUUUGUUUGGGCCUAAGGAAGCACAAUACUCCGGUUAUACAUGUUAUACAGGAAUUUGCGAUUUUGUUCCUGCAGAUAUUGAAAGUGUUGGGUACCGAGUAUUUUUGGGUCACAAACAAUACUUUGUGUCUUCGGAUGUGGGUGGUGGGAAGAUGCAGUGGUAUGCAUUUUAUAAUGAGCCAGCUGGUGGAACUGAUGCUCCAAAUGCUAAAAAGGAGCGUUUGCUUAAGAUAUUUGGGAGUUGGUGUGAUAAUGUUGUCGACUUGCUAAAUGCCACAGAUGAAGAGGCCAUUCUUCGUCGUGACAUAUUUGAUCGCCUUCCUAUUUUUACAUGGGGAAAGGGUCGUGUUACCUUGCUUGGAGAUUCUGUUCAUGCUAUGCAGCCUAACUUGGGUCAAGGUGGAUGCAUGGCUAUUGAGGAUAGUUACCAACUUGCUGUAGAGCUUGACAAAGCAUGGAAAGAAAGUGUAGAUUCCGGAAGCCCUGUUGAUGUUUUUUCUGCUUUGAAGCGAUAUGAGAAAGAAAGAAGACUACGUGUUGCAAUUAUUUAUGGAAUGGCAAGAAUGGCUGCAAUAAUGGCGUCCACUUAUAAACCAUACCUGGGUGUAGGACUUGGGCCACUGUCGUUUAUAACGAAGUUCAGGAUACCACACCCAGGAAGAGUCGGUGGGAGAUUUUUUAUUGACAUAGGCAUGCCUCUAAUGCUAAGCUGGGUCUUGGGUGGUAACAGUGAAAAACUCAAAGGAAGGUCUCUAGCCUGCCGCCUCUCAGACAAAGCAAAUGAUAAUCUACGAAGAUGGUUUCAAGAUGAUGAUGCGCUGGAGCGUGCCCUAAGUGGAGAGUGGUUUCUUUUCCCAUCAGACGAUAACCUUGAUGGUUCUGCACAACCUAUACAUUUGAGUAGAGAUGAAAACACGCCAUGUGUUAUCGGGAAUACUUCACAUCCCAACUUUGCAGGAUCUUCCAUAACAAUACCUUCACCUCAGGUAUCCAGUAUGCAUGCUCGUAUAAGCUGCAAGGAUGGGUUUUUCUAUAUUACUGAUUUGCGGAGUGAACACGGCACCUGGAUCACAGAUAUUGAGGGAAGGCGUUAUCGCGUGCCUCCAAAUUUCCCUUCAAGAUUCCGUCCGUCCGACGUAAUUGAGUUUGGUUCUGACCAGAAGGCUGCCUUUCGAGUAAAGGUGCUGGCAGCUCCUACAAAUAUUCCAAAGGAAGAAGAAACUCCACUCCUUAACGCCGUAUGACAGUGAGAAGCUUAAUCAUUACCAUUGAUCUGUACAGUAAACAUUCAUACUGUCGAAGCAAAAUAAUUUGCUGACGCUAUUUUUGUACGAGAUGUAGGAAUACUCGUGUAGAGCAUCAAACCUAGCCGUGUUGUACUAUAAGGUUUUUCACUGUUGUAUCAGUCAGGUAGUCAACUUUCUGUCUUCUGUUUACAUAUUGUAUUUGAUGUGUAUGUAUAUAGUGAAAGAAAAAUACAAAUUGGCGAUUCUCAUAUCUGUUUAACUUUUAUCUUGGUUACUUUCCUA